GCCAACCAAACGCAUUGACAGUCAACGCGUCAACCAAACGGGUAGCAACUGCCAUCUAUGCCAGUCUUGCUCACCUGCAAGCCUCCCUUAGGCCUAGACCGACAAAAAUAAACGCGAAAAUACAAAACUAAUAACGCGUGAAAACGCGUUUUUCGGGUAUUGGAAGGAGUAUUGUAUGUUCUGGGAGAUUAAAUGGCAAACGCUGAUGUUAACUGGGCCGGGAGGGUGCGAGUGAUUAUUUAAAAGCCUUUUGACGCGCAACGCCAGUUGUGGUAUUUUGGAGGGGGUGGAGGAGCGACAGACGGAACAUCGCGCUAGAAUCGCAGCAGCGGAGCUCAGGAAAAACAACAACAUUUUGAAAGAUUGCAACAAGAUACAGGAUACAUUGUGAAGAAUACAAAUAAGAGACUGCGUAUUGCGGGCUGUCCUCCAAUCAUAAAUAAUGGUGUCCACAGUUUUUGCUGUGACACUGUAUGUCACACUGCUGCAUCUGGCUUCAGGUGCAUCCUUAGGGACACCGGACCCUGAGGAGCCCCCCACCAUGACCUCUAGUCCCCGCCCCUUGGGAGAAGUCAUCCACGCUGCACUUAUGAGUAAGGAGUACCUUGGUCGUACCCUUGGUAGCACAGGUACAACUACCAAUCCGACCCAGGCCGUCCCGUCCAUCAGGGAAUCAGAACUUGCUUCGACAAUGAUGUCUCCAGGUAUCCUCACCACAGCAGUGACCUCAUCGGCUGCACCUCGAGCUGCCCAGUCAGGUUUUGGGAGUGGCGUGACAUCACCACCAGCAGAGGAAGAGACCACAACCACUCUAAUUACCACAACGACAAUAACAACAGUUCACACGCCAGUGCAAUGUAAUGCCAGUCUGUCAGGAAUGGAGGGAAUAGUCGAGUCCCCUGAUCCACUCUCCUCCUCAUCUCUAUAUUCCCCAUUGGAAUGCACCUACAGCAUCACUGUUUAUCCUGGAUAUGGUGUUGAGAUACAGGUGAAGAAAGUGAACUUGUCCAAGGAGGAAUCACUUACCAUUCUGGAGCUGGGUGGGGCAGCACCAGAGCGUUUAGCCAAUGAGACGUUGAUGAGCGAAGGUCAGGUGAUCCGUAGUUCAACCAAUCAGGUGCAGAUUCACUAUAGGAGCCUGAAACAAGCAAAUCAUGGCGCUUUCAGCUUUUACUACCAAGCAUUCCUUCUGUCCUGCUCAUUCCCGCUUUCUCCUGAGGGUGGUGGAGUGACUGUGACCGAUAUUCAUCCUGGUGGUCAAGCUCACUUCCAUUGCGAUCCAGGGUUUGAGGUCAGAGGUCAUGAGGUUGCAACCUGUCUGAACACAACUCGACCAAGAUGGAGCACCUCUGAACCCCAGUGUGUGGCUGUAUCUUGUGGAGGAUGGAUCAGAAACGCCACUGUGGGUCGCAUACUCUCUCCGACUCUCCCAUCAGCAAGCAACCAUAGCAGCGGCAGCAACCUGAGCUGCCAUUGGCUGCUGGAGGCCAAGGAAGGACACAGGCUCCACCUCCACUUUGAGAGGGUGGCUCUUGAUGAAGACAAUGACAAGUUGAUUGUGCGCAGUGGGAAUAGCUCUGCAGCACCUCUUCUGUUUGACUCGGAUCUGGAUGAUGUUCCUGAGCGUGGAAUCGUGAGUGAGGGAAUGUCUCUCUUUGUGGAACUCACUGCAGACUCUUCAUCCAUUCCUUUGUUGCUGGCGCUCCGCUACGAGGCCUAUGAUGGGGAGCACUGUUAUGAACCAUACCUGCCUCAUGGGAACUUCAGCAGCAGUGACAUCACCUUCCCGCUGGGUACCGUAGUUACCUUCUCAUGCUCUCCUGGUUUCGUCAUGGAGCAGGGCUCAGGAGUUAUGGAGUGUGUUGACCCCAGUGAACCUCACUGGAAUGAGAGCGAGCCAGUCUGCAGAGCUUUGUGUGGUGGUGAACUGACAGACCCAGUAGGAACAGUGCUGUCACCUGAUUGGCCACAAAGCUACUCUAAGGGGCAGGACUGUGUGUGGCAGAUACACGUUAGCGAGGACAAGCGCAUCGAACUGGAUGUACAAAUAUUGAACAUCCGCCAUAAUGACGUUCUUACUAUAUUCGACGGGCAUGAUCUGAUGUCACAUGUGAUUGGACAGUACCUGGGCUCAAGAGAGAGGUUCAGGAUUGUAUCUGGGGGUUCAGAGGUCACCAUUCAGUUUCAGAGCGAUCCAGAUGACUCUACAUUUAUACUCAGCCAAGGCUUCCUGAUCCACUACAAAGAGGUGGAGCCUAAUGACACGUGUCCCGUCCUACCGCCAAUCGAGUUCGGCUGGAGCAGCUCCUCCCACCCGUCCCUGGUGAGGGGCAGUGUGCUGACCUAUCAGUGUCAACCUGGAUAUGACAUUUUUGGCUCUGACAUCAUCACCUGCCAAUGGGAUCUCUCCUGGAGCAACAAUCCGCCCACCUGUGUAAAAAGUAAAAUGAUCCAGCAGUGCCCUGAUCCAGGAGAGGUGGUGAAUGGAGCACGUUCAGUACAUCCUGAGACUGGUUUUACUGUGGGUACCGUGGUACGCUUCACGUGUAACCAGGGUUAUCAGCUGGAGGGCCCGAGUCAGAUCUCCUGCCAUGGCAGAGACACGGGCAUGCCCAAAUGGAGUGACCGCAGCCCCAAGUGUGUCUUAAAAUAUGAUCCAUGCCCAAACCCUGGGGUACCAGACAACGGCUACCAGACGCUAUACAAGCACAGUUACCAGGCAGGCGAGACUCUGCGUUUCUUCUGCUAUGAGGGCUACGAGCUUAUUGGGGAAGUUAUCAUUAACUGUGUCCCAGGACACCCCUCUCAGUGGAACAGCCCACCACCCUUCUGUAAAGUGGCCUAUGAAGGGCUACUCGACGAUCAUAAAUUGGAGGUUUCUCAGUCAUUAGAGGCCUCCCACCAAAUGUUAAGUGAGAACAUUGCAUUGGCUAUCAUUCUGCCAAUUAUUCUGGUAAUCCUGCUGAUUGGUGGAAUCUACAUGUACUACACCAAUGUAUGUAGGUGGCAGUGGAAACCACUGUUCUGGAAGUCUCUUUCUCACACCCACUCCUAUAGUCCCAUUACAGUGGAGUCUGACUUCAACAACCCACUUUAUGAGGCAGGGGACACACGAGAGUAUGAGGUGUCCAUCUGAGAUCAUCUUUAAUUGAAUCCAAAUUUUGGACGAAUAGGAGAAGAAGGGAUACUGUUAUUUUCUCUCCACAAGACAAUUAUUGGUUUUAUUAUAUUCAUUUGAAUCCCACUCUAGAAAGUCUCUCUCUCUCUCGUCCCUCUCCAUCAACUCACAGAUGAGAGAGAGAAAGAGAGAGAGAGAGAGAGAGAGAGAGAGAGAGAGAGAGAGAGAGAGAGAGAGAGAGAGAGAGAGAGAGAGAGAGAGAGAGAGAGAGAGAGAGAGAGAGAGAGAGAGAGAGAGAGAGAGAGAGAGAGAGAGAGACAGACAGACAGAGAGAGAGAGACAGAGAGAGAGAGACAGAGAGAGAGAGAGACUUUCACAGAUGGAGUAAAGUCCCUGCUGAAAAGACUAUAUUAGAUCAUCUUAAAUCUGGUUUAGUAUUGGUCAACUAAAGCCUUUCUAGUGAAGAGGGUGGACUAGAAAAGCCCUUUCAUGCCCAGCAUCCAAACCACAACACCAGCUGGUCUUUUCACAGGGGUUGAGACAAGUACACAAAAUAUAUAAUCUGAAAUGCAGAAACUAUACACUCACGUGCACACGUUUGUAUACAGACACGUGCCAACACAUUCACACAUACAUGAUGAUGAGAACAUACUGAAUGUAAAUAUUUUGAUUAAAUAGCAAGGCUUCUGUAUACACAACUGAUUCAGUGCCAAAAUCCCAUCCCAUAAUGUGACGUCACUUUAUGUUUCACUGGUUGCCAUAGUAUUUUUCACAUUUUUAUGUAAUAAUGAGGACAAUGCCAGCAUUUCAUAUUGUUCUUUGCUGUUUCUUAUGGAUCUCUUUCUGCUUGAUGUUGAAUGACCAUGUUUCAGAGGAACUGAAUGUCCUCUUGCUUACGGCACGCAACGAUUGUAUAUUUUACCGCUUCAGCUUAAAAUUCACAAUCAAUUAUACUUACUGUCAUUGUUAUCAGAGUUGAUGUUGUUGCAUAUGCACUAUGUUGAGAAAAAUAUAUACUGAAAAAACUGCUUGCUGUGAUGCAGUAAUGGAAUUGAAAUGCUUUUUAUAAAUUGCAUUUUUUUAUUAUGUAUCUCAUGGUUUCUUGUUAAUAUGCAGUGAGUUUUGUCUUUUCCACUGUGCCAUUUUUCGGAGCCCAUGUCGUGGGCUUUGUUGCAUUAUAGUAUUACUUGAUUGUUAUUUAUUUAUCAACAUAAUAUACUUGUCAUGAAGACAUUAUUUAUUUGCUGAGAUUUACGACUAAAUAAAAGUCUCUGUUGGAUGGUGAAAA